AGGAUUGAGGCGGUCUCCUGGAACCCACGUGUUUUCAUCUACCACAACUUCCUCACAGAUGGCGAGUGUAGGCACAUUAAGCGAACGGCAGCACCCAUGAUGAAGCGGAGCUCCGUCGUCGGUCAGAACGGCUCGUCUGUAACGGAUAACAUCCGUACGAGUUACGGCACGUUUAUAAGGCGCCGUCACGACCCCGUGAUAGAGCGUAUAUUGCGGCGGGUGGCUGCCUGGACAAAGGCGCCGCCGGAGAACCAGGAGGACCUGCAGGCAGGCAGGGGGGAGGGGGGGAGGGAGAAAGAGCGUGUUCUUCGGUACGGCAUCGGUCAAAAGUACGGCGCCCACAUGGACUCCCUCAUUGACGACAGCCCGCGCAUGGCCACGGUUUUGUUGUACUUGCACGACACCGAGGAGGGCGGUGAGACCGCCUUCCCGGACUCCUCUUCCUGGCUCACCCCCGAUCUGGCCACCCGCAUGGGACCCUUUUCGGAGUGCGCACAGGGGCAUGUGGCGUUCAGACCUAAGAAGGGCGACGCACUCAUGUUUUGGUCGAUCAAACCGGAUGGCACCCAUGACCCGCUUUCCAUGCAUACCGGCUGCCCCGUGGUGAAGGGAGUCAAAUGGACUGCCACAUCGUGGGUGCACUCCAUGCCGUACGCGUACGACCGCUACAUUUCGCACGACGGCGAACCCGGAGCAUGUACGGAUCUGCACGACAUGUGUACCGUGUGGGCGGCAGCCGGGGAGUGCGACAGGAACCCAGUCUACAUGAGCACUCAUUGCGGACCAUCUUGUAAAACCUGCGAGAAAUGCGCCUCCGAAACCGACUUGCCGUGCAUCAAUCGGAACCGAGAACGGUUAGGUUUCAUGGUGUACGAUCAGGCCGAGCUAGACGCGUGA